AUGACCACCCACUCCCCAUUCGGCCUCCCGCGGAGAUCUGGCUUCCGCGCAACCCGCGCGGCGGCUUCCGCCACUCCCGCUGCCGCCGCCGCCAACGACGCCGCCGCUGCCGCCGCGAGCAAACUUGCCGCCGUCCAGCCGCAAUGGCGCAAAGGCCCGAUUCGGUACUUAGGCGGUCCGGUGGUCGCGGCGGCAACGCUCGACGUGUACUUAAUCUACUACGGCACCUGGCCCGCGGGCAGCGGGCAGGAAGUGUUCGAAAAUUUCGUGCGGUCGUUAAGUAGCACCACGCAGCAGGGCGGCCGCAAAGGCGGCGGCGGCGGCGUGGCGACCGUCAAGCAAUGGUGGGAGAUUUCGGCGGGGUAUUAUAUGGCGGCGGACGGGAGCAGUCGAUACGUUAGCUCGAAGGUGCGGCUGGCAGGGGUAGCGUAUGACAACUAUUCGCAGGGCCGCACGGGGCUCACAGAAGGCUUCGUCGCCGCCUCCGUGAAGCACGUGUUGACAGCAGGCGACCUGCCGUUCGACAGCAACGCCAUCUACAUGCUGAUGGGCAGCAAGGACGUGCGCGUGUCUGGCUUCUGCACCGACUACUGCGGCUGGCACUCCCUGGCGUCGCACAACGGAGCCAACCUCGUGUACGGGUUCCUGGGCCACCAUGGCGCGUGCCCCAACGGAUGCAUGACGCAGAAAGGCACCUCUCCCAACAACAACCCCGGGGUUGACGCUACAGUUUCCACUCUGGCGCACGAGAUUGCCGAAGCUGCCACCGACCCUGACCUCCGAACCGGCUGGCUAGCUCCGUCCGGCGACGAGAACGCAGACCUGUGCUCGUGGCAAUACGGCAACUCCAACCCUCUAACCGGGAAAGCCGUGGUGAAAUUCGCCGCGGGCACGAGCGGUAACCAGUACCGUUACAACCUGGUUGGAGCGGGAGGGAUGCGGUUCCUGGUGCAGCAGAAUUGGGAUAGGACGAAGCAGAAGUGCGUGAUUCGGAUUGGGGGUGGGGAGGGGGGAGGAGGCGGCAUGUGUGGGGUGCUUUCUGGGGGAUUGAAGGACCAGUUGUGUAGGACGAUCGGGACUUGUUGUUAG